AUGCCCGGGGCCGACGACGAGAGAGGUCCCGAAAGCCUGCAGACGGCCGACGACAUGGCAUCGCCACCGACCCCUUCAGCUGAAGCGGUACCAACCGGCGAGCCGUUGCUGAACGAAUUCGAACAGAUGACAGUGGAGAAUGGUGGUAUUGCCGAGGGCAGUGCCGCUGCGGGAGUCGCUGCUGGAGACGCUACCGGUGAUCCUGAUGCUGGCCUUGUCCAUACCGUACCCGAUGAGGGCCAAGAAGGAAGCACAACUACGAUUCCGCUGAACACCAUUGAAGUUGCCUUCAUCAAUUCCCUCGCUGCGCUUCCGAUGAUAGAUUGGUCUCACGUCCCGCCUAUACCAUAUAUCCUGGACCCUGUCGUGUCAUCAACAACUGGGAGUGCUCUCCAACCGUGGUCACCCUUCAGUGUUAACUAUGGGCCAACAUCCCCAUCUGCGGACCUCUCUUUUGCGACGCCUGCAACCCAGCAGCAGCAUCACCCAGAAUACCAACAGACCCUGGGCGAUAUGGCUGACGCAGCUGCAGACCAACCUAGCACGCAGCCAGCCUUGGUCCCAGGCACAGUCCCUCCGCCGCCUGGAAUGAUGCAGGACUUUCACUUUGCAAACGACUCGUUCUCGAGCUUUUUUUUCGCACCAUAUACGCCAGAAGAACCGCCACACUACGAAAACACCCACACCGGCCCGGAGGCUCCUCCUCUUCCGUUACCGAUCCCGAGCUAUUACAACGUUACUGUCCCAUAUGGGAAUGGUUAUGCUGUGCAUCAUGCCGUCCACAACCCUGCUCCUUCUACUUCGCCGAACCCCCCUCCCACCUCCAACGAUGACGAUGUUAUCCCCGCUCCGAACGCCGAGCCCGCAACCGAGUUCAAUCUGGAACAAAAUGCUUUAUCUGGGCCCCCCGUCCCAGCUGCUGCGGGCCACGGUGCGUUUACUGAUGCCAACUUUGGCGUGGAGCUCCCUGUAGGCAUGACGCUACCGGUCACCUUUACAACCACUGCCGGGCUGCCGAUGAAUAAUGAGCUGAGUCCUACGAACCCAGACUUGAAACGCUUUUUGGUGAACUGGCAGGCAUGUACACGCGUGAAUGUCCGGGGUAUACAAACGUCUCGCGGCCCGGUGCCCACGGUCGUACCCAGCCCCACUGGCACGGAGCACCUGUUCCAUACUGAGGUCCACGAAGUCAGGGCGUCCGAUCUUAAAGGAGACCACUGUGACUACCAGGGCAUUAAAUGGGCCGCAAUGGGCAUCACACGCAACGAGGCUCGUGCGUUCCGGCAACGAAGGUACCUCAACUACUGCGCCAACAAUCAAGAUGCAUGGAUACCUGACACAACAGAGGUCAUGCCGCAGAAUACGGAGACGUAUUUUCGAUUCUGUAAAAUGAAAAUGAGAAAAGCGCCCUACUUGGCACACUUCCAGCUCCGCAACCUACUGGCCGCACCGUCAAAGUCGCGUGUCUUUUAUGCCGACCGUCGGAGCAUUGUGCGCCAGUACAAUUUUGCGACGAAUAAAACCGCAAUUGCCCUCCGAUACCCGUCGGAUACAUACAUUCAGAUUUCCACAAUUGCCGCCGAACAGGGUGUCCUUGUGUCUGGCGGGUUCAACGGUGAAUACUGCACGAAGAACAUCGACUCCGAAUACGCUGGCGAGUCGAAUUCUGGUGCAGGAGGAUCCGGCACCUUUUCCAACUUGGGCAGUGGGAUAUCCAACCAUAUUCAGAUACACAGCGCGCGCCGGUCGGGUGGACCUGUGGCGGCCUUGUCGUCCAACGACUCGCACCUGCGUGUGAUGGAUCUUGCGACGCAGUCCAUUCUCUCCGACGACUUUUUCUCCUUCCCCGUCAACUGCACCGCAGUCUCUCCCGAUCGGCGCAUGCGUGUCGUGGUGGGGGACAGCAAUGAUGCUUACAUUGUGGCUGCAGAGCAACAGCGUCAUAUGAAGGACGCGAACGGCACAUCGAAGCCUGAUGUUCUCCAGAAGCUGGAAGGCCACGCUGACUUUGGCUUUGCGUGUGCCUGGGCUGACGAUGGAUAUACCAUCGCCACCGGCAACCAAGACCGCGCCAUCAAAAUUUGGGACGCCCGUAAGACGUCGACGGCCUCGGGUGUCUGGACACCCAUUGGCACGUUGCGCACCACUAUGGCCGGCGUGCGCAGUCUCCACUUUUCGCCCGCCGGCUCGGGCAAGCGCGUGUUGGUGGCCGCCGAAGAGGCCGACAUUCUGCACAUUAUUGACGCGCAGACGUUUGACAAACGCCAGGCAUUUGACGUUUUUGGCGAGCUGGCCGGCCUGAGCUUCUCUGAGAAUGGUCAGGACCUGUUUACGCUCUGCACUGAUCCCACCCGUGGCGGUAUCCUGCACUUUCAGCGGGACGGCGUCCUCUCCGCUGCCUCCACCUUUGAUGAAACGCCCAUCGCGAUCCUGCCGGGGAUCAGUGAUUUUGACUGGCCCGAUAGGCGUGGGCGGCCCUACCAGCAACGAAGCCGUGGCAUACGGCGCCGUUUGCGGGCCGCUGCGGUGUCGUCGAUGAACCAGUUUUAG